AUGAUUGAAGAUCCAGUGGAUGAUAAUUGCAACGUAUACCUGAACGCAAAAAAUUGGCUUAAAGAAUUCGAACACACAAAAAUACAUGAAAAUGAUUUGAAUGAAGUCUUAAUGAACUUCUUUUGUGUUCAUCGGAUGUAUGAUGUUGCAAAUGAAUUCCAUAAAGAAACCAGGGUUAAACCUGAUAUGCCUAUAGACACAGUAAAGAUCCGAUACUUAAUUCAAAAUGAAAUUUUGAAUAAUAGAAUUGAGGAAGCCAUAGAACAUAUCAAUAAUUUAGAUAAAGGCAUUUUGAAAAAACAUAAGGAUAUCGUUUUUUUUCUCAAGAAACAACAAUUAUUAAAAUUAAUUUUAAAUAAUAAUAUUAAGGAGGCAAUAACAUAUUCACAACAGGAAUUAGCUCCUUAUGUGAAAGAAAAGCCAUCCCUUAUUAGCGAGAUCGAUGAUGUUAUGAUGCUUAUGGCAUACCAGGAUUUUAAUAGUGAGGAAGCCAAAAAGUUAAUACAAAAAAUAGAGAAAAAAAAAACCACAUUAAAAAGGAUCGAUGAUAUCAUUUUGAGUUAUUACAACGUUGACAGUGAGAGUACGUUGGAAUAUAUUGUGAAGAAUAUCUUCUUCACGCAGAAUGUACUGAGCUCAAAGUAUCCCUGCAGUAUACCCAAAUUGAAAAACUUGAAGACAGGGUAUAUUGAAUAUUAUGAAAAAUACAAAAAAAAAGAAAAAAAAAAGUCAGGAAAAAAAAGUAGAAGCAAAAAUAAAUUAAAGGAGAAAAAUUUUGAUGACAAAACUGGUGAAGGAGCAGCAAAGGAUUUAGACGUGACCAAUGAUGAUGAAUGUCGUUCAGUUUAA